CCUGCAAUCAUCCUACAACAACACAUCAACAUACGUUUUCCUCACUCCUCUGUAUUCCAUUCCUCUGCCAUAUCCUGAAAUACGUUUUCACAACACUCACCUUUGCCAUAUACAGCAUAAUCAUCAAUUUUCUGAAAUGAGCCAGCGUGUCCCCAACUGCGAUGUGGACGACAAUAACAACAUUCCCACAACCACAAAAAUCCCUCUUCUUCCCAAUUUCAAUUUCAUAUCCCAUGAAGUUCCUAUGUUGGGCUACCAAGCUGCUGAACUACCAUGCAAAAAGGGACAACCUUCGACGUACAAAGGCAGCCACGGAAACCUAACUAGUACGUGGGACAAACCUCGUACAAGUGGUGGUACCUUGGAGUCCAUAGUUAGCCAACAUGUCAGCGAAAACCGCUACAAGUUGGUUACUAUGGACGCCUUAGUGCCCUGUUCAGAACAACAGAGCACACAGAAGGCAGUGGUGUCAGAAAGGCUUGACGCGUGUGGGAAGAGUCGCUUCCCACGCGUGGUGGCACAGGAGGAAGUGGAGAAACGCGCUGGGGUGGUGGCGCGUGGGACGCGUGGUACUACAACGCUAGAAUUGGGUGGCUGCAAGGAUUGGAGUGUGAGUGGUAGUGAAACUUGUCGUAGGGAGUUGAGUGUGACCUUCAAUUCUGCCACCAAGGGUUCGCCGGAAAACACCACUUGCUCUGGCAAACAGUGCACCGGGACCACCACCAAUGACGACCGUGAUUCCAUUAGCCACCGUAUAUCGCAGGGUGAGGUACCGGAUGAGGAUUACAAGGCAACAAAAGUUGAUAGAUCUUCUGGGUCCAACAAAAGAAUCAAAGCUAAUUCAGUAGUGCACAAACAAUCUGAACGGAGAAGAAGAGAUAAGAUCAACCAAAGAAUGAAGGAAUUGCAAAAGCUGGUCCCAAAUUCCAGUAAGACUGAUAAAGCUUCGAUGCUAGAUGAGGUGAUCCAAUAUAUGAAGCAAUUGCAAGCGCAAGUGCAAAUGAUGAAUUGGAUGAAAAUGUACACCUCCAUGAUGCUGCCAAUAACCAUGCAGCAGCAGCAACAACAACAACUUAAAAUGUCUAUGAUGAUGGCUCAGAUGGGCAUGGGCAUGGGAAUGAGUAAGGAUAUGGUUAUGAAUAUGAACAGCAUGAACAUUCCUGGAUUCCCCCCUAUGCUUCCCUUCCCCUCCUUCAUGCCUAUGGCCCCAUGUGGCGAUCAAUUACAAGGAACACCAGAGAAGUCCGUGACCAUGGAUGCAUACAGUACGAUGGCUUCCCUGUAUCAGCAGCUAUUUCAUCCUCCAGCUUCUAGCUCAAAGAACUGAGCCUUUCGUGUUCUACCUUCCUGACAAUAUUAUGGUGAGCUAUAAAUUAAUUAAGAGUGUGCAUGUGUGUAAAAUUUUGGUGAGAAAGAUUGAAGUGUGAAGAGCCAUCAGCUUUUUUUUUUUCUUUUUUAUCGGCAAAAUAAAAUGUAAUUUCUUUGUACCAAUAGUACAAAAAUAAGAUGUUUGGAAAUGUACAUUAUUAGAUUAGAUGUGUUCACUCCCCUUCGGUUCACUGUUAGUCUAUUACCACUAUAAGUAAUGUGCUAGUCUAGGGUGUCUAUAUAUAUAUAUGCAAAGUGCAAAUGUUUUUGUUUUCAUUAAAUAGCUAACAUGUGAUUUGAUUCAA